ACACUAUUAACGAACUCAACAAGUGUUGGGAGCCUCAGUUGAGUUUCAAACUUCAACAGGUGUUGAAUACGCGCUACAGUAGAAAAGAAAGCGAUCUUCCACGAUCAAACGAUUCGCGAUCAAAAACCAAUUCUUGGAUUACCCCGCUUCACUUAGAGACCAGUUGUCUGCAAGCAGACCGCUUAUAAGUUUGCCCAUCUACAGGAGAAUGGGUCGCCAGUCGACUUGCAGGCUGGUCCUGCUACUGGCCUUCAGCCUGGCCCUAAUCCAUGCCAGCCACUCGAACGUCGUGAGCAACAAGAUCCACUACGUCCACGACGAUCUGACGGAGAAUGAGCUGAGCUCUGGAGAGGAUGUAACUACCACCGAUACCUUGCCCAAGAUCUCCACGUCCAAAGUCAAGGAACUUCCCGUGGAGACAACCACCACCAGCCCGGUGAGGAAGUCCACCAAGAAGUCCCUCACCGAGGAGGCCCUCAAGGAUCUGAUGGAGGCGGCCAAGCACAGCCGGGCGCUGGCCGAUGAUCCUCACUUCAACAAGAUGUUCAACUCCACGGUCGCCACCGGCGAUAAGAACUCCACCGAUAGUGAUGACAGCGAAUACUACGGAUACGACGACGAUUACAACUAUUUCGACGAGGACACGGAAACGACUUCCUCGAGUCCCAAGAAGGCCAAGAGCAGUCCCAAGCUACAGCCCAUUGUGGAGACCACCUCCUCGAAGCCCAAGGGCAAAACCGCCGACCAAAAGACCAAAGAAAGUACUAAUGACAUUGACAGCGACUCCCAAUAUGAUUACGAAGAAGAUUUGGAUGAAGACGAUGAAGAGGACGAUGCCUCUGAAGAUCUUCUGACCGAUGAUGAGCAGGUGGUUUUCAGCGAGGACGUCCCCUGCCCGCGAUUCUGCCAAUGCUCUCGAAAUGUCAACAGCUAUCUGGUGGCCACCUGCAGCAGACUUGACACGGGCAUCCAGAAGUUUGGCUCGGAUAUUACCGACCUGGUGGUGACCAAUGUGGGUCCCAAGUACCCCAUCCUGAUGGGCCCCAAAUUCUUCCUCAACCUGGGCCUCAAGAAUGUGGCUUCCAUCAAAAUCGCCAACUGCACCUUGGAGUACCUGCACCAAGAGGCCUUCCUCGGACUGAACGAACUGUAUGCCGUUAACCUGACAGAUGUGGGUCUGGCCAUCAUUAACCCGGAUACCUUCCUGGGAAACAAGAAGUUGCGCAUGCUGACCAUCUCUGGCAAUGACCUGAGUGUGAUGUCCAACCUGCACUACCUGUUGAACUCUUCCAGCAUUGAGGAACUGGACUUCUCGCGCAACAACCUCAUGGAGCUGAAUCCCAAGGCCUUCUCCCAGCUCUCCAAUGUCGUGUACAUCAAUCUGAGCCAGAACAGCCUCAAGAAACUGCCCGAGAAUGCGUUCGAGAAGGUUACCCUUCUGGAGGAACUGGACUUGUCCUACAACUCGCUGUCUGAGCUGCCCCGUGAUAUCUUCAACGGCACCACCCUGUCCAUACUCCACCUGAAGUACAACACCUUCAACGGCGAUCUGCACUUCGGCACCAAGGAUCUGCAGCAGCUGGAUUUGAGCUUCAACUCGAUUGCUAAAGUGCACCACAGCAUGUUCGACAAGAUGCCAGGUCUGACCAACCUGAACCUCAAGGGCAACGGCAUCAAGAAGAUCCAGCCCGACUCUUUCCUCACGCUGAAGAGCCUGCGCCAUAUCGAUCUGUCCAUCAACGAACUGGAGCAGAUCUCGGGCAUGCUGUUCUUUAAGAACUCCGAACUGGACGUGAUCCGUUUGAACGAUAAUCCCCGCCUCAGCCAACUGCCCACCGAUGGUUUCCUGAGCUACAGUGGAGAGUUCACCGUCUAUUACCUGGAUAUUUCCAACUGUGCCAUCGGUCCGCUUGGUCACAAGGCCUUCUCCACGAUGCCCCAUCUGACCACCUUGAAGCUGGCUUGGAACAACAUCAACCACCUGCCUCGUGAGAUCUUCACCAGGUUGCACAAGCUUAUCGACUUGGACCUGAGCAACAAUUUGAUUCCCCGCAUGGACGACCUGAUCUUCAUGGACAACGGUGAGCUGACCAAGCUGAGUCUGGCCGGCAAUCCCAUUACCCGCCUGUCGGUCCGCCUCUUCUUGCCACUGCACCAACUGCGCUCCCUGGAUGUCAACGACUGUGAGCUGACCUCCCUGCUCUCCGAUCGCGAAAUGGGAAUCGGUUACAAGAUCUUCGACAGCCUGCGCAGCUUCAACGCCUCUGGCAAUCUGAUCAAGAAGAUCUCCUCGGAGGAUGUGAAGAGCUUCAAGAACCUGCGCUCUCUGGAUAUCACCAACAACCCGCUGAAGUGCACCCGCGACUUCCAGGACUUCAUCAGCUACGUCACUCUGCAAAUGCAGAUGACUCCCAGGCGCCUGCCGGUCCUGGCCAAUUUGGAGGACGAUGCCACUAUUGUGGAGCUGGAGACCCAAGCGCAGGCCGGUUGGGCCACUUUGGCGCACGAGGUGUGCAAACAUGCCGAGGGAUCAGAUCUUCUGGAUGAGAAGAGGGCCGAUAGUGCCGAGGCCAAGCUGGAGAAGCGUCUGAAGGAGAGCGAGAAGAAGCUGGACGAGGACGAGGAGAAGCUUCUCAGUGUCCUGGACAAGAGUGUGCUGGACAAGAGCCGCCUGAGCAGCAUGCAGAAGAUCAUGAAGGGAUCGGUUAAUGCUGAUACCGAGAAGCCAGAGGAAGACAGUGCCGAGGAGAAUCUGAACAAUGGUGGCGAGGACAAGGACGAGGACAGCAGUGACUAUGACAGCGAAGAGGACGAUGAGGAUGAUGAGGACGACGCUGACGAUGACGAUGAUGAUCGCUUCGAGGAGGCCAAGAAGAACACCAAGAAGGCCAAGAGCGACUCGGACAAGGCCUUUGACACGUUUGUGAACAAGGAGCUGAAGCCGGUGCUGACCGACGAAGGUGUUCGGGCGGAGGAUGUGGACAUGUCCCAGGAGACGCGCGAUAGGUUCCUGCUGGAGAAACUGGGCUUCGACAGCGAAAGCGAGGAGUCGGAUGAGUACACCGAGAAGAUGAUCUUCCACGGCCAACUGUCCUACGACGUGGUGGUCCCAUUGAUCAUCGUAUCAUUCUGCCUCUUGAUGAUCGUGCUCUCCAUCGCCCGUGUGAUCUACGUGGUGCUGCGCAAGCGCGGUGAGCGCUACCGCAUGGCCCUGCUGGCCUCGAAGAACUCGUUCGUGUACCAGAAGCUCAGCGAGGACAUCGUCAAGCCCACCACUAGCAAGGACCAGAAACAGCCCAAGCACCUGAAGCAGCCCAAGGUGCACCGAUAUGCGCCCAUCAACCAGGUCUAAGUCCACCCAGAAUCAACAGUUCUGAAGCGGACUUCGCGGAAGUCGAACGAGUUGCGCUGUUUUUCUAAUUUAUAAGUUUAUUGAUAGUUGAAAAAGUGGAAAAUCACAUCAGACAAUUGACUACACACAAGCACAAGAAUGAAAAGAAACAGGAGGAGGAGCAGAAAGCUGGCAGUUAAAAGUAUUAGCGAGAGUGCGAGGAAACAAAGCAACAACUGAGAAAUACUUGAAUCCAAAUAAGAGAGAGAAGAAAUCUAAGAAAAACAUCCUAUACCUAUGAAAUAGCCUAUACCGGCCUAGUUCUGUUAAGACCAGUCGACAGAUUUUUGGCAACAGCAGAGGUUGGUUUUAGAAAACGCGUUCGAUUAGCAACCGUUUCGAAAGCAACGGACUUGCACCUUAUCGAACCAUUGCCCCCAACCCAAUCCAAUAAACCAUAUCCAUACCUAUGAGAAUUUCGGAAACAACUUGAAGAUUUAGUGCCAUUUUGCCAAAAUUCAAACCGAGCGAAAAUUACUUAAAUACAUUAGGGUUUCUAUACUGAGUGUAAAGUCAGAAAUGAGAAACGAGAAGCAAAGAGCAGAGAGUAGUAAGGGUUUUAGAUCCGGGUCUGUGUAGCAAACGGUUAGAAGACUCCCUAGAAUGACGUCUGAUUUUUAAUCUGAUCAAGAGAUGAGAAAAAUAAUUAAUGCAUAAACUAUGUUAAGACUUUUUUAUUACCUUUUUUUCCAAUCGAAUGCAAGUUACCGCUUAACUUAUUCGACUUUGAAACCAAUUCCGAAACAAUAAAUUAUUUUAACCAAA